CAAUUCGUUAGAUUGCUUAUACAGUAACUGAUUAUUUGUCUCAAAUCGGUCCCAAUAUCUAAUUCCAAUCUGUUCCGCUUCUUCCUAUUCUAAAGGGAUUGAGUCUCUGAAGAAAAGAAGGUUCUUGGUUGAAUGGAGUACUCGAGGGGUCAGUAUAUGGUAGAAGUAAUCGGACUUCCACCAGAAGCGAGUAGGGAAGACGUCUACCAGUUCUUCAUCAACUGUGGCAAUAUCAGGCACUUACAAAUCACCAGGGUGAGUAGUGAUGUCUCUAUGGCACACGUUGAAUUCGAAGAUGCUUAUUCUGUGAAAGUUGCUCUCCUUCUCAGCGGAUCUGAGAUUGCGAAUCAGCCAGUAGCGAUAUCUAGCUGUGGAGCGUAUAACGUUGAUCCAUCUCCAUCAUUAUUUGUUGAGGGACAGCGGUCUGAUCAGUUUGUGUCAAGCCCUGGGGAGGCGGUGACGGUGGUGCAACAAGUGGUCCAAAACAUGAUUGCAAAGGGGUAUGUGUUGGGGAAAGAUGCACUGUCCAAAGCCAAAGCAUUGGAUGAAUCCCACCAGGUUUCAUCAAGUGCAGCUGCCAAGAUUGCAGAGUUCAGCAAAAGAAUUGGACUGACCGACAAAAUUCAGACGGGAGUGCAAGCUGGCAAGGGCAUCGAAGAGAAGUAUCAUGUCUACGACAUGACUAAAACUGCAGCAGUGUACUCGGGGAAGACGGCUGUGGCGGCUGCAAGUGCUGUUGUUAACAGCACUUACUUUGCUAAAGGGGCUCUCUGGGUUUCGGACGUCUUAGACCGCGCGUCUAAGGCUGCGGCCGACUUAGGAAACAAAAACAACCAUGUCCAAAAGUAGGCACUGAUAACAUUAUAUUUGCUGAUUUGCUACACCUUAAUUUGCAAUAACUAGAUGGUUUGGAACAAUUUGGUGAUCUGUGGUGGAACAUUGAAUGUGACAUUUUGAGUACAGUGUUGCUAAUGUAUAAUAAUUGAUGGAUAUUUUUUAUUUUU